AUGAAAAAACCAUUUGCCAAAAAAUUUGACGAAUUAUGGGAAAGCCUCAUUUCAUACACCGAGGUCCAUUCUUUGAUGGGCUUUUACCCAGUAGCCAGACGCCCAGGUCCUAAAGCAGUCUUCUUAGCCGACCUAUCAGAUCCUAUGACUUCAUGGGAUUAUUUUAUUCAUGGAUUCAUCGACACCAUCUAUUUAGAAGGCACCAAUUUACACUGCAUCAGCGAGUUCCCUUCUGCUGUGCAAACCAUCAUCAGAAAUUAUAAAGUACGAUUUGCGAAACAGGAAAGAGGAUUAUUCAUUAAAAUGCACUCUAGCUACCCAAUUUUUGAUGAAGACUCUCAACUAAUUGUCCCAAGUAUUACUUUCGCAAAUAUGGAAAUAAACAAUGGCUCAAAGCCAACAAAAGAUGAUCUACCACGAGAAUCACCAACACAAGAUCACCUAAUCUUUGCACUCGCCGGUGUCUAUUUAGCAUCAUCAUGCAUAGGCAACGGUAAAGAUCAGAAGUCAAGAAUUAGAGUAAACUACGCCAGUAAAACCUUCAUUAUCUAUUCGUUAACAGACAGUGAAAUCACUCCGGAAGCAAUGAAAGCAAUCGAAACUUUCAAACAACCUUUCGAAAAGUUUUCUCAUCAAUUAGCUGAAUUACCUGCUGAUAUUAAAAAACAACUUUGCAAACAUAUUAUGCAUGCACCAAGACAUAAUUGCAGUCACUGUUCAGAAAACACAGAAGAAACACCAUUCAUGGAAGAUUAA